AUGAUCCAAAACAACGAUAUGGAACAACUGAGCAAGGAUCUCGCACCCCUCUGCGACAACCUCACCAACGCAGUCUCAGCUCUUUCUUCAAACCAUGGCAGCCGUGCGUCGGUUAUCAGCGCGGCCCAGGCCAUCAUCCACGCCGCCCAGGGCCCCCAGGAUCUGUACGUCCACUUCGUCGUCAACAAGUGCGAGAUCAUUGUCAUGCGCCUGUUCCUCAAGUGGGAAGUCUUCCAGGAGAUCCCCCCGCAGGGUUCCAUAUCCUUCACAGACCUCGCGGCUAAGAUAGACGCCGAGGUUGGUCUCGUCGCCCGCCUGUCAAGGAUGCUCAUCGCCUCCGGCAUGCUCUCCUCUCCAGGCCCGGACCGUGUCGCGCACACGCACCGGUCCAGGAUGAUAGCUGAAGACCCUCUCUUCCGCUCCACCGCCAAACUCAUAUUAUACGAAGAUUUCCCCCAAGCAGCCGGCACGCCAGAGUACUUUGCCUCCCGCGGCCGGCGUGAGCCGACAGACCGUACCGACACGGCCUUCCACUUCCGGCGUGGCGAGCAGCCCGGGCGGCGGUCCGCGUUUGAUCUUAUUAACGAGGACCCUGCCUUGCUCAAGAUCAUCAUGGAGGCCAUGGUGCGCACGCAGGACUUUUUGGCCAGCCCGGGGUACGACUUCUCCUGGCUUGUGUCUCCCACUAGCACUAGUAGUGAGAAAGCUGGUGAUGGUGAUGAUGGUGAUGGUGGAGAUGAGGGGAGAACGCUGCUGGUUGAUGUGGGCGGCGGGGCGGGGCACACGAUCCGUGAGAUCCUUCAGCGCACGCCCGAGUUGGCGGCUGAGCGGUGCGUGCUGCAGGAUACGAGAGAGGUUAUUGAGCGGGCCAAGCGGCAGGUGGCUGAGGCUGAGGGACCGGCGGCGUUGUUGCGCGGGGUGAGAAUGAUGGAGGUGGAUUUCCAUGCUGAGCAGCCUGUCAAGGGCGCAAAAGCAUACCUGAUCCGGCGGUGUCUGCACAACUACAGCGAUGGAGAGAGUGUGGGGAUCCUGCGGCAGAUCAGAGAGGCCAUGGCCAGCGACAGCACCCUGCUUGUCAUGGAGAUGGUUUUGUUGCCCGAGUCCCCGCCGUUCUGUUAUGCGAUGGAUAUGGCCAUGAUGGGCAUUGCUGGAAAGGAGCGGACGCUGGAGGAUUGGAGGGCCAUCGCCGCCGAGGCAGGGCUGAGGAUUAACAGAGUGGUGCCCGCGCCGGGGAUUGGCGUGUCGGUUAUUGAGUGUGUUAAGGAGGCUUGA